AUGACCGUAGCCGGCGUUGCUAAGUCCGUGUACAGAGAAGGAUGGGAACAGGCCAUGAGGGAAGAGUUUGAAGGGCACUUGGGCACGGGGACGUUUUCAUUCGUAGACGGCGCGCCAGAGGGGCGCAGGCCUGUGAGCUCAAAGUGGUGUGUUAGUUGGAAGACCAACAAGACACACGCCACGCUAGACGAGGAGGUUUUUCUGAGGCUCCCCGCUGGGUGCGGGGACAAAUCGCAUAAUAUUGUCAAGGCUGAGCGUGCGAUUUACGGUCUGAAGCAGAGCGGUAGGCAGUGGGGGUACCACGCUGCUGAUACGCUAGUCGAGAACGGGUUCGAGCGGUGCAAUGCGGACCCGUGUGUUUUCCGCAUGAUGGUAGACGAAGUCGUGGUGAUGAUUAUCGUGAUCAACGUGGAUGACUUUUUGGUGGCUGGGUCUGACGAGGAUUGCGAGGAGUUGCUUGCUUCUCUCAACAAGAAAUUUCCCACCAAAAAUCUUGGAGAAUGCGAAUGGUUUGACGGGUACGCCAUUGAGAGAGAUGUAGAGACUGGGACUCUUAAAAUCUCCCAAACCGCGUAAAUUGAUAGCAUGGUGAAACGCUUUGAUGUACAAUCG